AUGAGAGUCGUAGUCACACGGUUGGGAGGUCUGGUGCAGAGGAGAGGCUUUGCGAGCACGUCGAGGAGGCUGGACAAUUAUGCCUUUAUUGGUCUUGGCCAGAUGGGCUACCAAAUGGCCAAGAAUCUACAGUCCAAGCUCAAGCCUUCAGACAAGGUCGCCAUCUUUGACGUCAAUCCGACGGCUUUGGAGAGCCUUUCGGCAGAGAUGAAGGCUGCGUCGUCGGGAGCCGCUGUUGAGGUUGCAGCGAGUGCGCAUGAUGCGUCUAAAGAAGCUGACACAGUCAUCACCUGCCUGCCAGAACCUCAGCACGUACGGGGCGUCUACGAUUCCAUCCUGACGAGCUCCCUCCCCAAGAAAGAUCGCCUCUUCAUCGACUGCUCCACAAUUGACCCGACAACAUCACGGCAAGUGGCCCAAACCGUUACAGAUGCUGGACAGGGCACGUUUGUGGACGCGCCCAUGUCCGGAGGCGUUGUCGGUGCCACAGCCGGUACUCUGACCUUUAUGCUGGGCGCCGAGUCCACCAUCUUGCCUCGCGUCGAGCCUACUCUGUUCCUCAUGGGCAAGAAGGUGCUUCAUUGCGGCGACCAAGGCGCCGGCCUGUCAGCAAAGCUGGCCAACAACUACCUCCUAGCCCUCAACAACAUUGCCACAGCAGAGGCGAUGAAUCUCGGAAUUCGAUGCGGCCUGGAUCCUAAAGUGCUCGCCAACGUGCUGAAUGUGAGCACGGGCAGAUGCUGGCCGAGCGAGAUCAACAACCCCGUCAAGGGCGUUCUCGAGAAUGCCCCCGCCAGCCGUGACUACCGCGGUGGAUUUGGAAUAUCGUUGAUGCGAAAGGAUCUUCGGCUGGCGCUGGUGGCUGCUGAGGCGGCUCAGGCGAAGACGGAGCUGGGAACGGUGGGCUUUGGCAUGUAUGAUAAGGCGGCGCAGCGAGAGGACUGCAAAGACCGGGAUUUUUCGGUUGUUUAUAGAUAUUUGGGAGGCAAGGAGGAGUAA